AAUAUUGAAUAUUGUCCCUUGAUUAGAGCAUUAUUAUGUUAAAUUAAUACAGGGGUUAUGUUUUUAACUAUUUUAGAAAAACAGUAUUUUCUUCAUCUGAUGAAGAUGAGGACAGGCAUGAUUUUACUGCUGUUUCACGCAGUAAGAUAACAGAGGAAGGGUCUCAGGAAGAAGUUCAAUCAAUGCCUUUGACAGUUUCUUCAUCAUCACCACCGUCUUCCAUCUCACCACCGUCUUCCAUCUCAUCACCACUGUCUUCCAUCUCAUCACCACUGCCUUCAACAAAAUCGCCAUCUCUUCCUAAACCACCACCACGUAUCCCAUUGGCAACCACUCCAAAUGUGAAAGUUGGCUCAAAGACGCAAGAAACAGCAGCUCCAGAUGCAAAUAGAGAUCAUGUUCGCUUCUCAAGAGAAGUGUUCACUAGUAUCGAAAAAAUCAGAAUCGAACAAAACCAGCAACGCAGAAUGCUUGAAACUCUUCUAGAUAAUGGUACAGGAGCUAGGAGCGUCAAAAGCGAGCAGCUCCAGUACCUUCAGUCUGCCUGAAGGUAUUACCCUUCCCCUCCAAUCUUUGGAGGAUGUUGAAGGGUUAGAAAAAGAGUUGAGACAACAGACUGUUCUCAACAACAUGAUCAACUACCUGUCUUUGAUUGGCGGGAAAAACACACCAGAUAUGGUCAGGCGAAUUCUGAGCCAUGUAAUCAAAAGCCGUUUGGCAGAGAGUUACAACUGGUACGGAAAGAAAGGACAGCUUAAAUUUGGAUCGUUGAAAAUAGCGGAAGUGAUUUGUAAGGCAGUGCAGAAGACCAUACCAGGAACAACCACAGCAGAGGUCGAAUUUAUAACUAGAGAAUGGUUGAGGACAGCCAAAGACCGUGAGGGAGGUCGUAAAAAUAGAAAAGCAGCCACAAAUACCUCAAGUGAAAAUUUAGAAAACUGA